AUGUCGGAUUCUAAUGAACCACUUACAGCCGAACAACUCGAACGUAUUGAACGUAAUCGUCAACGUGCACUUCAACUUCGUGCAAGUUCAACAAAAACUUAUCAAACACAAACAGAAAAAAAAAUUAUUAAUCCUACUCCAACUCGUAAACAAAAUAUUGAUUCUCAUGCUGGAUUUUUUCUUGAUGAAGAUCCAAAAUCAGUUGAUAAUCGUCCUGUUACUUAUGAAACAGUUCCUAUUAUUCAUCAAACCAAACCCGAUCAAUUAGAUACACUUGGCAUGCCAUGUAAUGAAUGUGAAAUGAUAUUUUUAACAUCUUAUUUACAUAAAAAUUUUGCUGAACCUAUUUGUGAUACAUGUCGAGAGAGAUAUUCAAUAAAUGAUGAAAAAGAUGAUAUUGAUGAUGAAAAAACAAUACGUUAUAGUUUAAUAACACGUACAUCAGCUAAAGAUAAAUAUUUAUUAACUGAUUAUGAUCUUGAUAAACGUGAACCAUUAUUAAAAUGUAUUGAAAAGAAAAAUCCACAUAAUCAACGUUGGGGUACAAUGCGUCUUUAUCUUCGUUGUCAAAUUCAACGUCUAAGUGAUACAAUACAUGAAGGAAAAACUGAAGAAAAAGUUCUUGAACGUGAAGAAAAAAAAUCCGAAAACAAACGAAAAAAAUACGAAAAACAAAUUGAACAAUUACGUUUAGAUGUACGAUCAAGUUUACAAAAAAAACGAAUUAAAACUGUACAUGAACAUAUUUAUGAUGAAAAAAAUAUAAAAUAUGAUGUAGAUAAAGAUUUAUAUACAAAAACAUGUACAGAAUGUGGAUAUCAAUAUGAAUAUGAAGAAAUGUAA